AUGGGCUGUUUCAGUAGCAAGAUUGACCGGAGCUUAGACGAUGGAGCGUCGGCGUACAAGGAGAAGUCGCGGUCGCCAAAGUCGGAUUCGACACUGGUGGGUAGCUCAUCGAAGAAAAAUGGCAAGGCUGCCAUGAACAAGGGCGGCAGAGUAGAAGACGUUGCGAAUGAAGUCAAAGUUCUGCUGCUCGGAGCCGGCGACAGCGGCAAAUCAACGAUUAUGAAGCAGAUGAGGUUGCUGUACAGUCCCGGAUUCAGCCAAUCGGCGCGCAAGCAGUACAAGACGCCGAUUCUGGAAAACGUUCUUGUGUCGCUGCGACUGCUGCUGGCGUCAAUGGAGGCACACAAUCUGCAGUUGCUGCGCGAAAACGAACAGUACGUGCCAAUUGUUGCACAACCAACGGUGCUGCAUCCGGAAGAGCCGGUACCGGAGUCCGUGGCACAAGCAGUGAGAGCCAUCUGCAGCGACCCCAAUGCUGUUGCAGCACUGGAGUUUGGCACACAGUUCUCGCUCAUGGAUAACUUCUAUUAUUUCCGCGACCACGUUGAACGGCUCUUUGACCCGGACUACGUGCCCACCGACCAGGACAUUCUGCACUGCCGUGUGAAGACGACAGGUAUUACGGAGGAGUCGUUUGUUCUGAACCGUUACCGGUACCGGUUCUUCGAUGUCGGUGGCCAGCGUUCUGAGCGGCGCAAGUGGAUCCACUGCUUCGAGUCAGUGUCGGCCUUGCUGUUCCUUGUCUCCCUGACGGGUUACGACCAAUGUCUUGUGGAGGACAACACAGGAAACCAGAUGCAGGAAGCCCUUUUACUCUGGGAUUCCAUCUGCAACUCCAACUGGUUCGCCAGCUCUGCAAUGAUUCUUUUUCUGAAUAAGCUCGAUUUGUUUGAGCGUAAGAUUCACAUCUCGCCCAUCCAACCACACUUCCCUGACUACCAAGAGUACUUGUCAACACCCACGUUUGUGCAGACGCAGUGUCCAACUGCUGAUGCUGGGGUUCGCAGUGCCAUGUACUUUUUUUACCUUAAGUUUGAAAGCCUCAACCGUGUGGCAUCACGCAGUUGUUACUGCCACUUUAUCACUGCCACUGACACUAGCCUGCUUCAGCGCGUGAUGGUUUCCGUGCAGGAUACGAUCCUGUCAAAUAAUCUUGAGUCGCUUAUGUUUUAG